AAUACAACAACAACAUCAAACAACUCUUCUUUCAAACCCUAGCUCAUUCGGGUCGGGUCGGGUCAAAAAAAUGGACAGAGAAUGGGGAUCGAAGCCGGGAAGCGGCGGCGCGGCGACAGCGCAGAACGAAGCGAUAGACCGGCGUGAGAGGUUGCGGAGAUUAGCAUUAGAAACAAUAGAUUUAGCAAAAGAUCCAUAUUUUAUGCGAAAUCAUUUAGGUAGUUAUGAAUGUAAGCUAUGUUUAACGUUACAUAAUAACGAAGGGAAUUACUUGGCGCACACGCAAGGGAAAAGGCAUCAAACUAAUUUAGCGAAAAGAGCUGCACGUGAAGCUAAGGAUGCACCAGCUCAACCUCAGCCACAUAAGCGUAAAGUUACACUCAAAAGAAACGUUAAAAUCGGUAGGCCUGGCUACCGAGUGACCAAGCAAUUUGAUCCGGAGACAAAACAAAGAUCUCUUCUAUUCCAGAUCGAAUAUCCUGAGAUUGAAGACAACACAAAGCCAAGGCACCGAUUCAUGUCCUCCUUCGAGCAGAAAAUCCAACCAUUUGACAAAAGGUAUCAGUUUCUGCUGUUCGCUGCUGAACCAUAUGAGAUCAUUUCAUUUAAGGUUCCAAGCACUGAGAUUGACAAAUCAACUCCCAAAUUUUUCUCGCAUUGGGAUCCAGACUCGAAAAUGUUCACAUUGCAGUUAUACUUCAAGACUAAGCCACCAGAGACCAACAAACCACCACCCGCUCCUACAGAUAACGGGUUGUCAGCACCUGGUGCCUCAUCCAGGCCUCUACCUCCACCACCCCAAGCUCCACCACCACCGCCGCCACAAGGUCUUGCCCCAGGAGCUCCAAAUCCACCCAGAGGCCCACCAUCUGCCCCUGGGUCUAUGCCACCGCCUCCUCCCCCUAUGGGCAACGGACCCAGACCUAUGCCACCAGGAGGUAACUUACCUGCCCCACCACCUCCUCCUGUUGGUAGUGGAGCAAUGGCUAAUUUCACUCCAGGUGGACACAUGGGGAGACCUCCAAUGAUGCCUUCACAAGGUUUUCCAGGCCAACAGAUGCAAGGCCAAGGAAUGCGCCCACCACCUCCGCCACCCAACAUGGGUUGAUGAACUGAGGCCAUAUUACGUAGUUCUUUUGUGGUGAUUUUUGAAUUUGUGACUAUUCUAUUAAGGGUCAGAUGCUUGUUAAACCUUACGAAAUCAUGUUGUGUUGCCCGAAACUGUUGUAUCUAUAAGGCUGGUUUGUUUAUCUGGGAAGUCUUUGGAGGCAAAUGUAAUAGAUCAUUUAAUGCGUUUUA